AUGGCCGAGUUCGCCAUCAACAACGCGUUGCAUGCCUCGACUGAGCAUACACCGUUCGUCGUGAACGCCAUGCGGCAUCCACGCCUUCCGAGCACGCUCGGGGCGGUGGCUUCCUCCUUAAGUGGGGGAGGAUCUACGGUUGCGCUCGGACAACCGCAGAAUACAGCUGAUACGGACCUAUCCACUGCGACGACACGUGCGAGAGCGAGGCCCCGCACACGGCAAGGUGACGUGUCAGUGCCGGGCACUGACACUGUGAAGAACCACGAGCAGGCGACACCUGCUUCAUCCCAGGACAACGUGUCUGUGCGGGGCACAGACACCGAGAAGACUCACGCACAGACCGAGCCUGUUGCACGACCAAGUGAUGUAUCGAUGCCGGGCAUCGAUACUGAGAAGCUUCAUGCACAGGCUGGGCCUGUUGCGAUCACACACAAAGUGUCAGUGCCCGGCACUGACACCACAAAGAGGCACGCACAGUCUGGGACUGAUGCGACUACAAGUGGCGAGUCUGUGCAGGGAACAGACGCGGACAAGACCAAUGAGCUGGAUCCGGGGUUCAGCUCUCAAGCAAUGGACUUUGUCCAGGAACGACAAGCAGUCGUUCGAUUGUACAAGAUGCAAUUGCAGCUUCUGCGGAUAGGCAGAAGCUGA